AAAAAAAAUUAGAUUUUCGAGAUCUUUUAGCUGAAUCUACAGGAUACACAUACGGAGGAGAUCAACAAAUGAGUUCUGAAAUACACCAUACGACUACAAAACUAACUAAUGAAACCUACAAUAAUGCCGUACAUAAUGAUAUCUAUCAUGAUAUUGAAUCUGAAACUAUAAGAGAAUUAUCACGUGAUACAGCUUAUGAUGCUCAAAAUACUGAAAAAACUUAUGUUAGUCAAGUUCAAUUAAAUGCAAUAGAAAAAAAUGCACAAAAUAAAUUAUUAGAUACAAUAUUUAUGGAUCAAUUAAUUGCAAAAUAUAUCCGACAAAAAGGAUCUGUUGUUGAUGUUGAUGAUCUAUCACGUUUUCUCGAUGCAACUGUAAUUGAUAAUUUAAUUUAUCAUUAUCAAGAUAUUAAAGAUAGUCGUUCGAGAACAUUAGAUAAUUAUGCUUUAAGAAAAUUUCAUCUAAAUUCAUUUAUGAAUAUGACAAUGGAUUUAUUACUAACUGAAUUAAGUGCUAGUCUUAUUGAAGAUAUGAAAGAUUUAGAUGAACAAGAACGAAAAGUAUUUUAA